AUGGCAAUGUCAUAUCUUCUUGUUGUUAUCUUCUUUGCAUCCCUUGUUUCGGGCGAAAGACCGUGGUCAGAGUUGGAACUCAAUCGUAAUGUGAACUCACUUGAUUUGAAUCCUAUGAGAAGGGAACUUGCGUCUCCUACUAAAACAUUUAGUGUUGAUUCUUAUGGAGCUAAGGGCGAUGGAAGUCACGAUGACACUGAGGCAUUUGCAAUGGCUUGGAAAGGGGCGUGUUCCUCUACUACUAGCGCGAUCCUAAUGGUUCCCAAGAAGAGCUAUUUGUUAAAACCGAUAACCUUCUCGGGCCCUUGUAAAUCUGUUGUUAAUGUUCAGAUUGUUGGAACCAUUGAAGCAUCGAAUAAUCGGGGAGACUACAAAGAAGUGAGCAAUCGUCAAUGGCUCAUGUUUGAAAAUGUGGAAAAUCUUGUAGUCCAAGGCGGUGGAACCAUCGAUGGUAAUGGCAAGAUUUGGUGGCAGAAUUCUUGCAAGAUUAAUGAUGAUCUUGCUUGCAAGGAUGCUCCUACGGCAUUGACCUUCCUCGGAUGUAAGAACUUAGUCGUGAAGAAUUUAAAGAUCCAAAACGCGCAACAAAUCCAUGUUUCUUUUGAGAAAUGUAGCAAAGUGGAAGCCUCUUCUCUCGCUAUUUCUUCGCCCGAGAGCAGCCCCAAUACCGAUGGAAUUCAUGUCACAAAUACUCAAAACAUACAAAUUUCCAAUUGUGUCAUUGCUACAGGUGAUGAUUGCAUCUCAAUUGUAAGUGGAUCACAACAAGUACAAGCCACUGGCAUUACAUGUGGACCUGGUCAUGGAAUAAGUAUUGGAAGCUUAGGACAAGGAAAUUCAGGAGCCUAUGUUUCAGAUGUGGUAGUGGAUGGGGUUAAACUCAUUCGAACUACUAAUGGAGUUAGAAUUAAGACUUGGCAGGGAGGAUCCGGAUCUGCAAGUAACAUUAAGUUUCAAAACAUUCAAAUGAUCGGAGUGUCUAAUCCCAUCAUCAUCGACCAAAACUAUUGUGAUCGUGAAAAGAAAUGUAACCAAGAGACUUCGGCAGUUCAAGUGAAGAAUAUUCUUUACAAGAAUAUACAUGGGACGAGCGCAUCUGUAGAUGCGAUUACAUUAAACUGUAGUAAGAAUUAUCCGUGCGAACAGAUCAUGAUGCAAAAUGUCGUAAUAGAGAAAGAAGAUGGUUCUUCGGCCAAAGCUUCAUGUAUCAACGCCAAGUUUAGCGGAUCUAGUGUGGUGUCACCUAAUUGCAACCCUGUUUGAAUACAAAUCAUAAUA